CUUGGCCGGGUUGGCUGCUGCAGGCGGUGUCUCGGUUACAUUGUAGCCAAGUCCGUGCUUGGUCCCGGUCUUUGGUUGUCAUGGAGCUCAUCGCUAGUAACAUCCAGGUGCUGCUGCAGGCGGCUGAGUUCCUGGAGCGCAGAGAGAGAGAAGCAGAACACGGCUACGCCUCUCUUGCGCCUUACUGUGGAAAAGACACCAUACAAUCCCAAAAGAGGCUGAAGCCUCGAAAGGCCUUGAAAAAUGUCAGGUCUCUACACAAUGAGCUGGAGAAGCACAGGAGGGCCCAGCUACGGCAAUGUUUGGAGCAGCUGAAGCAGCAAGUCCCCCUGACCUCAGAGCAUUCUCGUUCUACCACCCUCAGUCUCUUGCACCAAGCCAGAUUGCACAUUAAGAAGCUAGAAGAACAAGAGCAGAAGGCUCAGCAGCUGAAGGAGAGGCUACAGUGUGAGCAGCAGAUCUUGCACCAGAGGUUGCAGGUGUUGCUUGGUCAUUCUAGUGCAGAAAGGCUGCGCGUCGACAGCCUGGACUCCUCUCAGCUCUCCUCGGAACGCUCAGAUUCGGACCAAGAAGAUGUAGAAGUGGACGUUGAGGGCCUGGAAUUUGGUAGCAUUGAAGAUGCUGUGGUGGCUUCCUUCAACGCUGGGCAGGAGCACAGCUACUCAAACGCUAGCAACUUCUGGUUAUGAUGAACAUAACCAUUUCGAUGGCAGCAAAAGCAUUACAACAUCCCAGCCCUUCAUCCUGCUAUAAAUGGGACCAGAGGCUCAUCUUGCUCUCAGUCAAGGAGGAAGAGAGCAGUUUCUGGCCUUGGACAAAGGAUGCCCGUGCUGCACCUCAACACUGCCCCUGCCAGAAGCAGUCACUGUUGUUCCUUAGAGGGUCUGUUGUGAAGGAAGCAUGCCUUCUCUUCCUACUGGACAGAGACAAUGAAACAAGGGCAAGGUUAUACAGCACUAUAUGUAGCAGCUUUGGCCCAACAGACAACCCACAACAUUGGGUCAGCUGCAGAUGGAUGAUGUAAGUAGACAAUGCCUGCAACUGGUGAAAUGGGCUCACAAGAUGACAUAAUCCAGGCAGCGGCAGAGAAAGUUACUCUGAUUCCCUACAGUACAGCUGCCUUCCCUUUGUACCCAUGCCCACAUGUACUCAGCAGCAUCUUAGUAAAUAGCUCUUUAAUGAUAUGCACCUGAGCCAUUAGAAGAAAACCUAAGAGUUCCAAAGCACCCGAAUAAGCUCUUGGAGUGGGAAGCCUCCUUUUCUUACAGGCAGGUGCCACCCUGCUGAACUGGUCUGUGCUACAGAUAGGCAAGAUGGAAGCCCCAAGAAGGUAAAUGUAAACAGGAAGACUUAUCCAGUUAAUCACAGUUUUGAAGAUCAGUUCCUACCAGCAGAAUAGGUGUUGGCAGUGAACUGAAUUAGAAGUCUGUUUCUUUUAAUGAUAAUUACACCUUUAGGAAAGAAGAUGAUUGUCAGAUUUGUACAGUUUCAAUUAAAAAACAUAAAAUCUA